UGGUCAAUUCACAUAUUGGUCAAAUUUGUAUAUAAAAGUUUGGUCACACCUAAAUUUUAUUUAAGAUUGACAAAAUUUUAUUUAUGGUUUUUAUGUAUGACCAUCAAAAAACUGAGUAACAUAUAAUUUUACUAACUUGUUGCUCCAUAUGUUCGUUUAUUUAUUAUGAACUGUUUUUGCAUUACAAUAUUCCCAUUAUCGUGUUCUGUCGGGCUAAUUAGGCGUUAAAACAUUGGCAUUUGAUUGCUGUAUUAUAUUUUCAUUCAUCUUAUUCUGCUAAACAGAAAUGGAUAUACAACAGCUCGAGGUACUGUGCAAGCAGCUUUACGAAGCGACAGACGUUAGUACUCGUGGUGAAGCUGAAAAAGCCCUUGCACUAUUUGUUUCCAGUCAAGAUGCAUUACCAAAAUGUCAAAUGCUUUUGGAUAGAGGAAACUCUAGCUAUGCUCAAUUACUAGCUGCCUCUACUUUGACCAAGCUUAUACAAGGACUCACUAUUGAACAAAGGAUUCAAAUUCGAAGCUAUACGCUGAGCUAUUUAGCUACGAGAACUAAUUUGCAAAAUUUUGUUGUUCAAGCGCUGGUUACUCUUCUGGCAAAAAUUACAAAAUUAGGAUGGUUCGAUGAUUACAAAGGAGAAUUGGUCUUUCAAAAUUUAUUAGAAGACGUUAAAAAAUUUUUACAGGGCUCUGUUGAGCAUUGUACUGUUGGAGUUCAAAUCCUUUCCCAAUUGGUUUCCGAAAUGAACUCAAUAGUGGAGUUAGACGCGCACUUGUCUUUUUCCAAAAAUCGAAAAAUAGCAACAUCCUUUCGUGACCUCCAGCUUUAUGAAACUUUUCUAUUAUCGUGCUCGCUAUUGAAUACCGCUCGUGAGAAUAGCAAAAAUAUAAAUUUUGCUGAUGAAUUGCAGCAAACGUUAAUGUCCCAUCUAUUACGUCUUACAAAAAACUGUUUGAGCUUUGAUUUUAUUGGAAGUUCGACGGAUGAUUCCGCUGAUGAUAUGAACAAUGUUCAGAUUCCAACGGCUUGGCGUCCUGCAUUCCUUGAUCCAAACACGCUUAACUUAUUUUUUGAUUUGUACCAUCUUUUACCAAAUGGUUUAUCUAGUUAUUCCAUUUCCUGUUUGGUUCAAAUGACUUCUGUUCGUCGGUCUCUUUUUAGUAAUUCUGAACGGACGAAGUUUUUAACAAACUUGGUUGAAGGAGUAAGAAAUAUACUAACUAACUUACAUGGCUUAAAUGACCCUGAAAACUAUCACGAAUUCUGCAGGUUGCUUGCUCGCCUUAAAUCAAAUUAUCAAUUAGGUGAAUUGAUAGCAGUGUCUUGUUACCCAGAAGCAAUUGAGCUAAUUGCUAAGUUUACCGUUCAAUCAUUGCAUUUGUGGCUUUUUGCGCCAAAUAGUGUUCAUUAUUUACUUACUCUGUGGCAACGGAUGGUAGCUUCUGUCCCAUACGUCAAGUCUCCUGAUCCACAUUUACUUGGUACCUACACCCCUGAAGUUGUCAAGGCAUAUAUUGAAUCACGAAUAGAUGCUGUUCCUCUUAUUGUGCGAGACAAUUUGGAAGAUCCAUUAGAUGACCUUUGUAUGGUGCAACAGCAAUUAGACCAAUUGUCAGUAAUUGAAAGAUGCGAGUAUAAUAAGACAUGUCGACUUUUAGUGCAACACUUUGACGUGAAAGCUCGUGAGUAUGAAAAUCUGGCGCAGAUUCCCAAUUCUAAUCCUAAUGAUGUUACUGUGCUUGAGUUGCAAUUAACUUGGUUGGUGUAUAUAAUUGGAUCGGCUAUUGUGGGCCGCCUUACUGUAACGACAAGCGACGAACAAGACACUAUGGAUGCCGAUCUAGUAAUUAGAGUUUUACAAUUAAUAAGUUUAACAGAUACUCGUUUGCCCCAAGCUGGUUGCGAAAAACUUGAGCUUGCAAUUCUAAGUUUUUUGGACCAAGUUCGCAAAAUGCAUAGUAGUGAACAGGCACAAAAAGCAAAUAUAUACAAGAGAUUAAAUGAAGUUUUUGGACUUAGUGAUGAACAAAUGCUUCUAAGUUUUAUCAAUCGUAAAAUUAUUACAAACCUAAAGUUUUGGGGUCGAUCUGAACCGAUUAUUUCGAAGACCCUCAUGCUACUUUCGGACCUUUCUCUGCACUUCAAUUCAGUACGAAAGCUUGCACGACUAGAUGAAAUACAAUUCAUGCUUGCUCAUCACACCAGCGAACAUUUUCCAUUUCUAGGGACCAAUUCAUCUUUGAGUGAAAUGAAAUGCCGAACUAUGUUUUAUACAUCUUUGGGGCGAUUAUUGAUGUUUGAUUUGGGCGAAGACGAGGAAAGAUUUUACAACUUUUUGAAGCCAUUAACAAAUCAAUUUGAAUUUCUUGGAACUGUACUCAUGGAAACAAGUGGAUUUCCUAACGAUGAAGCUAAAAAUGCUGUCAUUGGAUUGGCCCGCGAUCUUCGUGGAUUGGCUUUGCCAUUGAACGCUCGAAUUCAGUAUACAAUGUUGUUUGAAUGGCUGUACUAUUCCGAAUAUUUGCCAAUAUUUUUGCGAGCCGUGGAACUUUGGGCACAUGACCCAGCAGUUACGACGCCAGUUUUGAAACUGUUUGCCGAGCUGGUACAUUGUCGUACCCAGAGGUUAUCAGGAAAUGUGUCAAGCCCCAUUGGAAUUUUAUUAUUUCGAGAAGCCUCGAAGCUUAUUUGUAUAUAUGGAAAUUGUAUAUUACAGCUUGAAGUUCCCUAUGAUCGACUAUACCCAAUGAAACUAAAAGGAAUUUCUAUAUGCUUUCUAAUCCUAAAAAACUCACUUGGGGGAAACUAUGUAAAUUGCGGUAUCUUUAAAUUAUAUGGAGACAAUACGUUAGACAAUGUUCUCAAUAUUUUUGCAAAAUUAAUACUUUCGAUAAAACAAAAUGAUUUGCUUGAAUACCCAAAAUUAUCAACGUCAUAUUACAAUUUCUUAAAUUGUCUUUCCCAAGAGCAUGUUACUUAUCUUGCCUCAUUGGAACCAUCUGCAUUUGUGUACAUUUUAAAAACUCUUACAAAGGGAAUCGAAGCAUCAGAUUCUGCAACUUACAUUAUCUGCUGCACCAUUUUGGAUAGCAUUGUUUCUUAUAUUUUUAAGCAGUUGCAAAUAAAAGCUACAACAUUUCCAAUAAAAAAGGUAUAUAAUUUCACGCAUGAAACUAUAAAAUUUUUAAAGGUUGUGGAGGUUAAUUCCGAGUUGCUUCAGAGCAUGUUGUCAUCAUUAUUAAAUAAUGUUUUGACGGAAGAUUGCCGAAAUCAGUGGUCUAUGUCACGUCCAUUAUUAGUACUUAUUUUACUUUAUGAGGAUUAUUAUAGCACGACAACCGUCACAGCAAAAGUGGAGACCAGACCUACGUGAGAUUUCAUCCGAAACUGAGGCACCCUUUGAACCCGGAUGAAAACGUGAACCCGGCACCCUUUAGCAUGUAAGACGUUUUCACAAAGCCAGCAGUGGAUGGUAGGCUGGGAAGAGGAGAUUGUCUUAUUACAAGACUUCAGCGCACAGACCUGUUUAAAUUCCAUAAUUAUUAAAAAUUAAAUAAUUAAUUUAUUAAAAAUUUAAUAAUUAAUUUAUUAAUAUUAUUGCUGAACCUUGUACCACUGUACCAGGAAAACGAAAGGGGGAGAUUAAAGAGAGCUGUUAGUGCGAGUUAGUAAAAUGCAAAGAAUAGAGAUAAGAUCGCUAUUGAGCGAGAGUAGAAGCAAUAGAAUAGAAGCAACACCGUAAGAGAUGAAGAAGCAGAGCAUGGCUAUGUUUGGAAGGAAAAUUAAUCAAAUUAUUAUUUUACCUCCAAAUAUAUCACUGCGCACGCGAAGCGAUACGUAUCUAUGAAUUGCAUUUUGUUUAUUUAUUUUUUUUUUAUGUGUGUAGAAAUAAACACCGAUUGUUUAUGGAAAGCUUAUUACAAAUUUUAUAAAAACGCAGUGCGCACAAAAAAACACGUCCGUCCGCUUUAAGAUAAAGAGAGGAAAUUGAUUCGUCUUAUAGAUUUACUUUCUAUUGUGCUGAAGUUUCGAGUCUGUACCUUCUUGUUCUGGAAACUAAACUAGUGUUAUAAUUAUAUGUUAAAACGUUUCCCUGAGUGCCCCAUUAAAGGGGAGUUCCUUCUUUUUUUUUAACCAUUUUAAAAAAAAUUUUUUUAGAUCAUUUGCUCGAAUCAUAAAAACCUAACAGAAAUUACGCAUUGCAUUGCAAAAUAUUUUUCCAAAUGCCGUCCAGGUUCUUCUUAUCCUGCUUCGUCUUUGCGGCCUUUAUGAGGUCCAUAACGAGCCUUCUCUGCCUAAGAAGUUGAACGUAUAUUCCGAUGCGCUUCUUCAUUUUGUGUGAAUGGACGUGGUCCAUCGCUUGAACACAACUCUAAAGCCUCCUCUAGAGUUGGUGCGUCCCUUUGCUCGACAGAUUCCAUUUUGGGCAACCGUAUCCGAUGUUCCAAAUCUCAUAAGGAUCGGCUGACUAUAUCCUAUAUAGCUUGUAUCCAAAAUUUGUAUUAGAAAAUUUAUGUGAUAGUAAAAUUGAUGGCAUCGGCCAACUAUAUACCAUCCGAUAUAUAUGUACAUAUAUAAUAAUAUUAGCUGCUACCUAACUGCAAGGGUAUAUCAACAUCGGCUCAGCCCGAAGUUAGAUUUCCUUGCUUAGUUUAUUUAAUUAUAUAUAAUAAAGGAGGGGAAAAUAUUAGGUUUUGAUAAUAGUCUGUCUCCAAAAAAUAUAUAAAGACCAGAAAGGACGGCUACAAUAACAGAAAGUGAAUUUAAAUUAUUUGUGCCCAACAUUAUUUACAUAUGUUAUAAUUUUAAUUCAAAUUAAUUUGUUAACAAACACAUUACACAAUCAACAUUGAUUCUAAACAAUGAAAAAAAAUAAAUUGUUUAUAUGGUCGAAU